AUGUCUGGUCUAGAGAUGGAUUCAGGAGAGAGGCGUCUAAACGAGCUUGGUUACAAGCAAGAACUCAGAAGAGAAAUGUCUCUGUUGAAGAUAUUUGGGAUAACAUUCUCAACAAUGGCGGUUUUCAUAGGGACACCACUGUAUGGUUCAAGUAUUCUUUACGCAGGGCCUGCAAGUAUGAUAUGGGGAUGGGUUGUGGUUACAUUCUUCACUUGGUUCAUUGGCUUUGCUAUGGCUGAGAUCUGUUCUUCUUUCCCAACAGCUGGUUCACUAUACUUCUGGUCAGCUCAAUUGGCUGGUCCUAUAUGGGGUCCAUUUGCAUCUUGGUGCUGUGCUUGGCUGGAAAUUAUCGGCCUUGUUUCUGGGAUAGGCGCACAGGCUUAUCCAGGGUCACAGGUAACUGGCUGUUUGGUUAUAACUAUAAUGCUCCCGGUGGUGGCACUGCAUAAGCAAUCUGCUUCUUAUGUGUUCACUCAAUUUAAGACAUCUCCAGAGUUGACAGGGAUCAGUAGCAAACCCUAUGCUGUGAUUCUAUCACUACUUCUCACUCAAUACAGUUUGUUGGGUUAUGACACUGCUGCACAUCUAACAGAGGAAACAAAGGGUGCAGAUAUAACUGGCCCUAUUGCAAUUCUCUCAGGCAUUGGAGUUGUCACAUUUUUCGGAGCGGGUUACUACUUAGCUCUUACUUUCAGCAUUCAGGAUCUGAACUACUUAUACGACCCAACCAAUGAGACAGCAGGGGCACUAAUACCAGCACAAAUAUUCUAUGAUGCAUUUCAGGGGAGGUUCAAUAACUCUGUAGGAGCUAUAGUUUUUCUGGUCAUCAUAUGGGGAUCCUUUUUCUUUUGUGGCCUUUCAAUAACUACUAGUGCAGCCAGAGUAGUAAGAGAAACCAGCUUCAAUUCUCCUCCUAAUUCUAUCUCAUUUUUCUUAUAA